AUGGCUGCGCCCCAUCGUCAGCCCGAGGAGGCUGUCGAUGAUACCGAGUUCAUCGAUGACCACCGCGAACACCUCCGCGACACGGUUCACCAUCGUCUACGCGCCAAUUCCGCCAUCAUGCAGUUCCAAAAGGUCCUCGUGGCUAAUCGAGGUGAAAUUCCCAUUCGUAUUUUCCGAACAGCCCACGAACUGUCCCUGCAGACCGUUGCGGUCUUCUCCUACGAGGACCGCCUCUCCAUGCAUCGCCAAAAGGCCGAUGAGGCCUACAUGAUUGGCAGGCGUGGCCAGUAUACUCCCGUCGGUGCCUACUUGGCAGGCGAUGAGAUCAUCAAGAUUGCCCUCGAGCAUGGCGUGCAUCUGAUCCACCCCGGUUACGGCUUCUUGUCGGAGAACGCCGAUUUUGCCCGCAAGGUUGAGGAGGCCGGUAUGGUCUUCGUAGGUCCCACUCCGAGCACCAUUGAUAGCCUGGGUGACAAGGUCUCUGCCCGUCGGCUGGCCAUCGGCUGCAAUGUCCCCGUUGUCCCCGGUACCGAGGGACCGGUUGAGCGCUACGAGGAGGUGAAGGCCUUCACCGAUACGUAUGGGUUCCCCAUCAUUAUCAAGGCGGCCUUUGGCGGUGGUGGCCGUGGUAUGCGUGUGGUCCGCGACCAAAUGGAGCUGCGCGACUCCUUCGAGCGGGCCACCUCCGAGGCCCGCUCCGCCUUCGGCAAUGGCACCGUCUUCGUCGAGCGUUUCCUCGACAAGCCUAAGCACAUCGAGGUUCAGCUUCUCGGUGAUAAUCAUGGCAAUGUCGUCCAUCUCUUCGAGCGUGAUUGUUCCGUUCAGCGCCGGCACCAGAAGGUUGUCGAGGUCGCCCCCGCCAAGGAUCUCCCCAUCGACGUGCGGGACCGCAUCCUGGCUGAUGCCGUGACCCUGGCCAAAUCCGUCAAUUACCGCAAUGCCGGUACCGCCGAGUUUCUGGUGGAUCAGCAGAACCGUCACUACUUCAUCGAGAUCAACCCCCGUAUUCAGGUCGAACACACUAUCACAGAAGAAAUUACUGGUAUCGACAUUGUCGCUGCCCAGAUUCAGAUCGCUGCUGGCGCCACAUUAGAGCAGCUGGGCCUGACUCAGGAUCGCAUCUCCAUUCGUGGCUUUGCUAUCCAGUGCCGUAUCACCACCGAGGAUCCCUCUAAGGGGUUCUCUCCUGACACGGGAAAGAUUGAAGUCUAUCGCUCCGCCGGUGGUAACGGUGUUCGAUUGGACGGUGGUAACGGAUUUGCAGGCUCCAUCAUCUCUCCCCAUUAUGAUUCCAUGUUGGUCAAGUGUACUUGCCGUGGCUCAACCUACGAGAUUGCCAGACGUAAGGUGGUGCGUGCCCUGGUUGAAUUCCGCAUCCGUGGCGUCAAGACCAAUAUCCCAUUCUUGACCUCGCUGCUGAGCCACCCCACCUUCGUGGAUGGAAACUGUUGGACUACCUUCAUUGAUGAUACCCCCGAGCUUUUCUCCCUUGUCGGCAGCCAGAACCGUGCCCAGAAACUUCUUGCAUAUCUGGGAGAUGUGGCCGUCAACGGGAGCAGCAUCAAAGGUCAGAUCGGUGAACCUAAGCUCAAGGGCAACAUUAUCAAACCCAAGCUCCUCGAUGUGCAGGGCCAACCUAUCGAUAUGUCAGCCCCCUGCACUAAGGGUUGGAAGCAGAUCCUGGAUCAGGAGGGCCCGGCAGCGUUUGCUCGCGCCGUGCGUGCUAAUAAGGGCUGUUUGAUCAUGGACACCACUUGGCGUGAUGCCCACCAGUCAUUGUUGGCAACCCGCGUGCGUACCAUUGAUCUGCUGAACAUUGCCCACGAAACCAGCCAUGCCUUGGCCAAUGCCUACAGUCUGGAAUGCUGGGGUGGUGCCACCUUCGAUGUUGCCAUGCGAUUCCUUUACGAGGACCCCUGGGAUCGCCUGCGCAAGAUGCGCAAGGCAGUGCCCAACAUCCCCUUCCAGAUGCUACUUCGCGGUGCCAACGGUGUGGCAUACUCCUCGCUCCCGGAUAAUGCCAUUUACCACUUCUGUAAACAGGCCAAGAAGUGUGGUGUCGACAUCUUCCGUGUCUUUGACGCUCUGAACGACGUAAACCAGCUCGAGGUUGGUAUUAAGGCGGUCCAUGCUGCCGAGGGUGUCGUUGAGGCCACCGUUUGCUACAGCGGUGACAUGCUCAACCCCAAAAAGAAGUACAACCUUGAAUACUACAUGGCGCUGGUUGACAAGAUCGUCUCCUUCAAGCCCCACGUGCUCGGGAUUAAGGAUAUGGCUGGUGUCCUGAAGCCGCAGGCCGCCCGCCUGCUGGUGGGCUCGAUUCGCCAACGUUACCCCGACCUUCCAAUCCACGUUCAUACUCACGACUCUGCUGGAACCGGUGUGGCGUCGAUGAUUGCUUGUGCCCAGGCUGGCGCCGAUGCCGUAGAUGCAGCAACGGAUAGCUUGUCCGGUAUGACUUCACAACCUAGCAUUGGUGCCAUCCUUGCCUCCCUCGAGGGCACCGAGCACGACCCUGGCCUCAACUCGACUCACCUGCGGGCUCUCGAUACCUACUGGGCGCAGCUGCGGUUGCUGUACUCCCCAUUCGAGGCCGGCCUGACUGGCCCCGACCCCGAGGUCUACGAGCACGAGAUUCCUGGUGGUCAGUUGACCAACCUCAUCUUCCAAGCUAGCCAGCUUGGGCUGGGCCAGCAGUGGGCUGAGACCAAGAAGACUUACGAGGCCGCCAACGACCUGCUUGGUGAUAUUGUCAAGGUCACGCCGACCUCGAAGGUAGUUGGUGACCUGGCGCAGUUCAUGGUCUCUAACAAGCUGUCCCCUGCGGAUGUGGUGGAGCGCGCAGGCGAGCUGGACUUCCCUGCCUCCGUGCUCGAGUUCCUCGAGGGUCUCAUGGGUCAGCCUUUCGGCGGGUUCCCCGAGCCUUUGCGCUCGCGGGCCCUGCGGAACCGCCGAAAGCUCGAAAAGCGCCCCGGUCUCUACCUGGAUCCCUUGGAUCUGGUUGGAAUCAAGAACCAGAUCCGCGAGAAAUUCGGCGGCGCCACCGAGUACGAUGUCGCCAGUUAUGCCAUGUACCCCAAGGUUUUCGAGGACUACAAGAAGUUCGUCCAGAAAUACGGCGAUUUGUCUGUGUUGCCCACGAAGUACUUCUUGGCCAAGCCCGAGAUUGGCGAGGAGUUCCACGUUGAGCUGGAGAAGGGCAAGGUGCUGAUUCUCAAGUUGCUAGCUAUUGGGCCCUUGUCUGAGCAGACUGGCCAACGUGAGGUCUUCUAUGAGGUCAACGGCGAGGUCCGUCAGGUCAGCGUUGACGAUAACAAGGCCUCCGUUGACAACGCGGCCCGCCCCAAGGCCGAGCUGGGAGACAGCAGCCAGGUGGGUGCUCCCAUGAGUGGUGUGGUGGUUGAGAUCCGUGUCCACGACGGUUUGGAGGUCAAGAAGGGUGACCCACUUGCUGUUCUGAGCGCCAUGAAGAUGGAAAUGGUGAUCUCGGCUCCCCACAGCGGUCUGGUUUCUGGCUUAUUGGUCAAGGAAGGUGACUCCGUGGAUGGCCAGGAUCUCAUCUGCAAGAUCGUUAAGGCGUAA